UUGAAGGCAGCAUCACUACUGCAAGAAACUACCGGAAGUAUUUUACUUUCAGAUGCCUUUACGCUCCGCUACACACCUACUGGCAUUUAUACACAAUGGAUUAAAAAUCGUUCCUAUUUUGAGAUAGAAAUGGUUCAAUAUCUUUAUUUUUCACGUGGGUGGGUCUGGAGCGGUAACAUUUAACCUGGCAACUGCUAGCAUCUGUUAGCUUAGACUCAGUUAGCUCAGAAGGUCACUAGUUAGCUCAGAAGGUCGGAAAAUAGAUUGUUUUAACUUCAAAUUCAAGCUGCAGUUUUGUUUUCUGAAGAUGGACAAGUUUGUAGUUCGGCUUCCUAAAGGUGAAAUACCCAAACAAUGGAAAAGCGACGAAAAGAUUUACAAACAAACUACAAUUGAAUCCCUACGGAGAGUGGUGGUGAUUGAGGACAUCAUGCGUUACAAGUCAACGCUGGAGCUGCCAGAACAGAGAAAGGAAAACCUGCUGAGUGCCCUGACAGAGCUCAGCAAGAAGAUCCCAUCCAGAGAGGUGCUAAAGAGCACUAAAAUAGGUCUAACUGUCAACAAAAUGCGAAAGCAUCUUGAUCCUGAGGUGAGCUCACUGGCAGCAAAGGUUUACAAUGACUGGAGGACUUUUAUUGAGGAGAACUCCAAUAAGCCAUCUAUUGAAGUACGUUCUGACAAACAAUCUGAGGGACUCAGGAGUAACGCACGAAGAAUGCUGUCUAAUGCACUAGAGGUCAAGGAGGAUUCUGGUCUUAUAGACAACAUGGAGAGAGAGGUUUUUCACCAGAGCCGGCGGUUAGUCAGCAGUUCAUACAGGCGGACGGUUAGAGCGCUGGUGUUUGCAUUCAAACACAACCCUGAUGUCAGAAGUGAAGUGAAGGACAGUAAAAUAUCAGUUGAACAACUUGUAUCUAAAUACAAAAAAUAAGAAACAGAGCCUCAGACAGUGAAAUCUAAGUUUUUAAUGCAUUCACAUUUUCAUGAAGCUUAUAUCAUCUUGUUUGUCUUUGCUGAAGAAAAUGCAAAACAAUUGAAUGUUUACACUUUUUUUACUGCAGAUAAAUUGUUAAUUAAUAGAAAUGAUGACCA